AUGGCUUGUAAAGACGAACCUUAUUAUGAUCUCAAAAUCCUUUUGAUCAUCUUCACAAUCUUAACCUGUUCACUUGCAGUUUCUGCAACUGUCUCAGAAGCAAAUGCUCUUCUGAAAUGGAAGUCAACAUUCACAAACCAGACAAGCUCUUCCAGGCUGUCUUCUUGGGUCAAUCCAAACACAAGCAGCUUCUGUACAAGCUGGUACGGUGUUUCUUGCUUACGCAACAGCAUCAUAAGGUUAAAUCUCACAAACACUGGCAUCGAAGGUACUUUCCAAGAUUUCCCCUUCUCUUCACUUCCCAAUCUCACUUACGUUGACCUUAGCAUGAACCGUUUCUCUGGAACUAUCCCUCCUCAAUUCGGACAACUCUCUAAACUCAUCUACUUCGAUUUGUCCAUUAACCUAUUAGUCGGAGAGAUCCCACCUGAGAUUGGCAAUUUAAGUAACCUAGAAACUCUCCAUCUUGUUGAAAACAAGUUAAACGGAUCGAUUCCUUCUGAAAUCGGUCUUUUAACUAAAGUUCAAGAGAUAGCCUUGUAUGACAAUCUCUUAACCGGACCAAUACCUUCUUCUUUUGGAAACCUAACCAAACUAGCCAACCUCUACCUAUUCAUCAACCAGCUUACCGGUUCGAUUCCUCCCGAGAUCGGAAACUUACCCAGCCUAGCUGAGCUAUGCCUAGAUAGAAACAACUUAACCGGUCAAAUCCCUUCCUCUUUUGGAAACUUGAAGAAUGUAACACUUGUCAACAUGUUUGAAAACCAGCUCUCUGGUGAAAUCCCUCCUGAGAUUGGUAACAUGACCUCUCUAGACACCCUUAGCCUCCACACAAACAAGCUCACCGGUUCGAUUCCUUCCACGCUAGGGAACAUCAAAACCUUAGCCAUUCUUCAUCUUUACCAGAAUAAGCUUAACGGUACUAUCCCGCCCGAGUUAGGAGACAUGGAGGAAAUGAUUGAUUUGGAGAUAAGUGAGAACAAACUCACUGGCUCUGUUCCUAACUCGUUUGGCAAGUUAUCAAAGCUGGAAUGGCUUUUCCUCCGCGAUAACCAGCUCUCCGGUUCUCUCCCCCCGGGUAUCGCCAACUCUUCCGUGCUAACCGUCCUGCAGCUCGACACCAACAGGUUCACCGGUGUACUGCCUGACACUAUCUGUAAAAGCGGCAAGCUCGAGAACAUCACGCUGGAUGAUAAUCUCCUCCGAGGUCCCAUUCCUAAAAGCUUGAGAGACUGCAAGAGCUUGAUCAGAGCAAGGUUCAAGGGGAACAACUUCACCGGAGACAUCUCUGAGUCUUUCGGAGUUUACCCGAAUCUCAACUUCAUUGAUCUCAGCAACAACAAGUUCCACGGAGAAAUCUCAUCCCGGUGGGAACAAAGUCGGAAGCUGGUUGCAUUCAUCGCAACUGCCAACAACAUCACCGGACCGAUCCCACCUGAGAUUUGGAACAUGACGCAGCUAAGCCAGCUCGAUCUCUCCUCAAACAACAUCUCCGGCGAGCUCCCAGAAUCAAUCAGCAAACUCACCCGUUUGUCGAAACUACAACUGAAUGGGAAUCAGAUAUCUGGCAAAAUCCCUUCAGGAAUCAGACUCUUGGCCAAUCUUGAGUAUCUUGAUCUAUCUUCAAACAGGUUCGGCUUCGAAAUCCCGGAAACACUCAGCUCCUUGCCAAGGCUUUACCACAUGAACCUGAGCAGAAACGAGCUUGAUCAAAACAUCCCCAUCGGAUUAACAAAGCUCUCUCAGCUACAAGUUCUUGAUCUCAGCCACAACCACCUCGACGGAGGAAUCCCAUCACAGUUCACUUCUCUACAGAACCUAGAGAGGCUUGACCUCUCACACAACAAUCUCUCAGGCUCGAUUCCACCGAGCUUCAGUCAAAUGGCGUCACUCACACACGUCGACGUAUCGCACAACAACCUCGAAGGUACGAUUCCGGAUAACAAAGCGUUUGAAGACGCAGGCCCUGACGCAUUGGUAGGCAACAAAGACUUGUGUGGUAGCAACGAAAGGCAAGGUUUGAAGCCAUGCCCACUCAUAUCCUCCAAGAACAAAAAAUCAAACAAGGAGAAGAACCUUCUCAUCUACAUAGUAGUCCCGAUCGUCGGAGCGAUUAUAAUCCUCUCCGUCUGCGCCGGAAUAUUCGUCUGCUUCCGCAAGAGAAAGCCCCAAAUCGAAGAGAAUUCAGAUUCCGAAUCAGGCGAGACGUUGUCGAUAUUUAGCUUCGACGGGAAAGUAAGAUACCAGGAAAUCAUCAAAGCUACGGGAGAGUUCGAUUCAAAGUACCUAAUCGGAACCGGAGGACACGGCAAAGUCUACAAAGCGAAGCUACCGGCGAUGACUAUGGCGGUGAAAAAGCUAAACGAGACAACCGACGAAGAGAUCUCGAAACCUACGGUGAAGCAAGAGUUCCUAAACGAGAUCAGAGCACUUACGGAGAUCCGUCACCGGAAUGUGGUAAAACUCUUCGGAUUCUGCUCGCAUCGCCGGAAUACUUUUCUGGUGUACGAAUACAUGGAGAGAGGAAGUUUGAGGAAAGUGUUGUCGAACGAUGAGGAAGCGAAGCAAUUGGAUUGGGGGAAAAGGAUCAAUGUGGUGAAAGGUGUGGCUCAUGCUUUGUCGUAUAUGCAUCAUGAUCGAUCUCCGCCGAUUGUUCACCGUGAUAUUAGCAGUGGAAACAUUCUUCUCGGCGAUGAUUACGAAGCGAAGAUCUCCGAUUUCGGUACGGCGAAGCUUCUCAAGGCCGAUUCUUCGAAUUGGUCCGCCGUUGCUGGCACUUACGGCUAUGUUGCUCCAGAAUUAGCUUAUGCGAUGAAAGUGACGGAGAAAUGUGAUGUGUAUAGCUUCGGAGUAUUAACUCUUGAAGUGAUCAAAGGGGAGCAUCCGGGUGAUUUGGUUUCGACUUUGUCAUCGUCUCCUCCUGACAAAACUCUGUCGUUAAAAGGAAUCUCCGACCGUCGGCUGCCGGAGCCAGCGCCGGAGAUCAAAGAUGAGAUCUUAGAGAUUGUGAAAGUUGCAGUUUUGUGCUUACAUUCUGAUCCAAAUUCUCGCCCAACAAUGAUGUCAAUCUCCUCUGCCUUUUCUUAG